CAACUGUUCUGUCAAUCAUGUAGUCUAUCAGAAUACAUUGCGAUUCAAUCCUAUAAAGAAUGUCUUCCUUUAAUUGUUAUUAUGAUUUCUUUCAAGUUCUUCAUAAUUCUGCUCAUAAUCAACCCAUAAGCCAGGAUCUGUAAUCGCAUCUCGGCUGAGCAGGUUCCACUUAAUAAAUUCGAGCAUCUCACUUUUACUUCUAGUGAUAAUUCAGUUCCAUUCACUUCUCGGGCAUCAAAAUGUCUUCCUACACUUACAAAAUCCACCAUUUACCAACUUCAGAUGCAACUCUCCUCCCUUUUCUCGCCGGCAAAUUCGCCUCCCUUCGCUUAUCAGCCCUCACCGUUUCGGCAACAGCUUUCAGCUCAACAUUCGAGAUCGAGUCCGCUUUCACUUCAUCUCAAUGGAUCAACCGACUAAAAAGACCCCUAGUCCAUACCUUUGUCGCCGUAGCUUAUGGAGCAGGAACGCCUCCCGAGCAACAAACAAUUGAUGCUGGAGAUUGGAUCGGAAGCGCUACUCUUCUCGGCCCCUUUCCUAAAGAGAUGUACGAGCUAAAAGAAAGCGGAGGACCAGUAAUUGGAAAUGAUGAGGUGGAAACUAGAUGGCAGAUGACGGCUGUGUAUAACAGCCCAGCUCAUCGCGGAAAGGGGAUUGCGAAGAUGUUAAUUAGCGGUGCAUCAGAGUAUGCUGCGUUGCAAAGUGGACAGGGACGUUCAACGAGGAUUAGGAUUAUGAUUCAUCCGAACAAUGUGGUGGUUAAGAAGCUGUAUUAUGAUUUGGGAUUUGUGGAUGCUGGGAGUACGACGCUGGCUGAGGCGUAUUUUUCGAAUGGGGAUACGGACUUGUUGCCACCGGAUGGAGGGGCAAGUGAUCCUGGGAAGUAUCAUCUGAGGGCUGGUUUGAUUAUGGAGAAAGUGUUUUGAGCUUGCUUGUUGGAUAGACGGUUUUGGGGUCAUUGGUUUUGGAGGUCUCGCAACCAGAGUUAGACCUGUUUUUCUUGGUUAAGCAUUAGACAGCGCAGCAUAAGAAGAAAUCCUCGGGGACUUUGAUGUAUCAAACUGCGUAAGAUAUUCGUUUUCACAUCGCAAUACCUCCUAGUCGAAUCAUUCUUUCAAUUAAAAGGCGAAAAUUUGGAUUCGUCAAUCGUGUCUACCAAGUAUAGAACGUCCUAAGCUGAAUGGAUGUGCUCUUCCUUCUUCUUCCAACCCAUCAUCAUCUUGCAUUCUUCCCAGAAAGUCAUAUGCGGCUCCAACGUAUUGGCUUCAUAGGCGUCAAUGACAGGUCUUUCCCAUACUAGAUCUGCUUCUUCGGGCGGAAUCAUCUUCGUCUUCUUCACUACUUUCCACC